ACCAUCUCCACGCAGCAGGCGGUGCGCGGCUGGCCCUUCGCCGACGUCCUGUCGCUGAGCGACGGGCCCCCGGGCGCGGGCAGCGGCGUGCCCUACUUCUACCUGAGCCCCAUGCAGCAGCUGGUGGGCAACCUGCAGGAGAAUCCAUAUGCUACGCUGACCAUGUCUUUGGCACAGACUAACUUCUGCAGGAAACAAGGGUUUGAUCCCCAAAGCCCCCUGUGUGCCCACAUCAUCCUGGCAGGGACAGUAACCAAGGUGAACGAGACAGAGAGGGACGUUGCAAAGCAGUCGCUGUUCAUUCGCCACCCUGAGAUGAAAGACUGGCCUUCCAGCCACGACUGGUUCUUUGCCAAGUUGAACAUAACCAACAUCUGGCUCGUGGACUACUUCGGUGGACCCAAAAUAGUGACGCCCGAGGAAUAUUUCAAUGUCACAUUUCAGUGAAGCAGAAUUUGCCCAACUUAACCACAUGGGUGAAGUUUUUAGGACGUUUCGUACAGACCUGAAGGACCCCAGGUUCCUCUCUGGAAAGCAUCCUGAAGCUCAGCCCAUUUGCUUUUAUGCGUGGCUGGUUUUCUUGCUUGUUAACAGAUCAAUUUGGAGUGUUACUGGAUUUCUUGGAAGAUGUGGUUGCUAAAUUUUAUAAAUUUAAAUUUAUAGUUUCAUUACCUUUAUACAUGGUUUCAGAAGAGAUAAGACCCCUCGUAAAGAGGAGUGUCAGGAGUCAAGCAUGGACCCUUUGAUGGCUCCGAGAAAGGAGUGGGUUCCCAGCAUCAUGUUUGAAAACAAAAUGAACUUACCCAAGAUCCAGCCAACAGCUUCUGGUUUAAAAAAGAAGAAAGAAAAGAAAAAUGACUUACAUUAAACUUGGUAAAAUAGUUUCUUAUGCAAAGCAUUAAUAAUUAAAAGCAUUAUGUUAAUGUAUGAGUUGGAUUUUUUUUCUUACACAUGUUCAUAUUCAUUACACUCUUACUGGACACUG